GAUCUCCUCCCAAACUCAUCGACCACUCCGAAAGCUACCAACCAACUCCCAGGUCCCCUACGAUGGCGGCUGAGCCGUCUAUUGGAAAGUACUGCUGCCAUCUACGCAGUUUCAAGCUGUUGUGGGGAAGGAAGAACAAUGAGUGACAUUCGAUAUGAAAUUAACCUUAAAAGACAUCUCGUCACACCUCAAUUGAAAUGUAUUUGCAGCACUUUCAAUGACCGACUCUGCGAGAUCGUUGCUAUAUCAGCUUCCGAGGACGUUACUACGUGGAAAGUUCUCCUCUCCGCUGUUGAAAAACUCUUGGAACGGUGUUGUGACAUGGUUCAACGCGUCUCCAACGGACUGCCACCACGUGGAGGGGUUCAUGGUGCUUUCUGCGUGGCCCGGGCUUGCUUUUGCCUUCUUGACGUCUGUCCCGCACUUGGUGCCACUGUUGUUACCGCAACUGCACGAUUGCUGGCAGAGGAAACAAAGAGUGGAUCGUAA